UUUGCUGCAGCGCAGAGCUCUGGGGACUUCAGGAGGAGGACACGGUGUCAGCAUGGAGGGCUCCUGUGGCCUAAUCACUCUCCAAAAGAAGCCAGUGGCACUGAAAAGCAUCUCUGUGACCUUGUCCAUCCAUGAGUUUGUGGCUUGUGUGUCUGCAACCUUAAACUAUGAAAAUGAGGAGAAAGUCCCUUUGGAGGCCUCCUUUGUGUUCCCCAUGGAUGAAGACUCUGCUGUCUAUAGCUUCGAGGCCUUGGUGGAUGGGAAGAAAAUUGUGGCAGAAUUACAGGACAAGAUGGAGGCCCAACAGAAAUAUGAGGAUGCCAUAUCCCAGGGUCAGGAGGCCUACUUAUUGGAGGAGGACUCAGACUCUAGAGAUGUCUUCUGUUGCAAUGUGGGGAACCUCCAGCCUGGGUCAAAGGUGGAGCUUACCCUGAGGUACGUGCAGGAGCUGCCCUUGGACGCUGAUGGGGCCCUGCGCUAUGUGCUCCCAGCCAUCCUAAAUCCUAGAUACCAUCUUUCUGGACGGCUUGAGGACAGUUGCCUUGAUAUAAAAACUCCUCUAGUCCCCUUGGAUGAACUGCCCUACACACUCAGCAUGGUUGCCACCAUCAGCUCCCAGCAUGGCAUCCAGAGGGUCCACUCCAACUGCCCCUUGAGUGCUGUUGCGUUCCUUGCAGAUGAUAAGACUUCUGCUCAGGUUUCCUUGGCUGAAGGACACAAGUUUGACAGGGACGUGGAACUCCUGAUUUACUACAGGGAGGUGCACAGCCCCCGAGUAUCUGUGGAGGCAGGGAUGCUUGAGAAGAAGCCAGAAAGGAAUCUACCUUCACCUAUCAAAACAGUGCUGCAUUAUAUAUCCAGAUGUCCAGAUAGUUUAAUGGGAGAUCCUUCUGUCAUGGUGAGUUUCUAUCCAAACAUUCCUGAAGAUGAGGCAUCUGUGACCUGUGGAGAAUUUGUCUUCCUUAUGGACUGCUCAGGAAGUAUGCAGUGUCCCAUGAAUAACCAGGAUGGGUCUCAGUCACGCAUAGAGGCAGCCCAGGAAACACUGAUUCUGCUGCUGAAGAGUUUGCCUAUAGGCUGUUAUUUCAACAUCUAUCAAUUUGGAUCUUCCUAUAAGGAAUUUUUUCCGGAGAGUGUGAAGUACACUCAGCAAACAAUGGAAGAAGCAGUGAACAGAGUCAAGCUCAUGAGAGCAGAUCUAGGGGGCACUGAAAUCUUGGCACCACUUCAGAACAUUUACAGGAAGCCCUCCAUCCCUGGUCACCCCCUACAGCUUUUUAUCUUCACAGAUGGAGAAGUUUCUGACACAUUUAGUGUAAUUAAAGAAGUUCAGUCUAACGGCAAUAAACACAGAUGUUUCUCAUUUGGCAUUGGAGAAGGUGCCUCCACCAGCUUAAUAAAAAGCAUUGCCCGGGUGUCAGGGGGCACUUCUGAGUUUAUCACAGGCAAGGACAGGAUGCAGCCCAAGGUUCUUAGGUCUCUGAAGCACUCUCUUCAGCCUGCAGUAGAAGACAUCUCCUUGAGCUGGAAUUUGCCUCCUGGUGUGUCUGCUAACUUGCUUUCUCCAGAGCCAACUGUCAUCUUUAGGGGUCAGAGGUUGAUCCUCUAUGCCCGACUCACUGGAAAAAUGCCAGCUGCAGAGGCUACAGGAGAAGUAGGCCUCAAGUACACGCUCCAGGGCAAAAGAUUUGAGGAUAAACUGACAUUUUCUCUCAAACCCAAGCCAGAUGCUGACCUCACUAUUCACCGUCUUGCUGCCAAAUCCUUCAUCCAGACCAAAGACCUUGGCCUCACACAGACCCCAGCAAUGGACAAAAAAGACGUGUUGAAGAUUAGCAUUGAAUCUGGAGUCAUCAGCUCCUUCACAGCAUUCAUUGCCAUAAACAAGGAACUCAAGAAGCCAGUUCAGGGGCCCCGGGUUUACAGGGAGAUUCCAAGGCCAGUUCUGUACAAAGCCUUUAUGAGCCCAAGGUUUUUAUGUGGAUCAGGCGCACCUCUAUUACAUACUCAGAGCUUGGGGAGUACAUACUCAUCUCUCAGAGGUUCUGUCUCUAUGAUGGGAAACCCGUGUUCUUCCAACAACAGCAGGACCAAGUCAAAAAGUUCUCAUAAAGUGAUUGGAGGCACUAAACUUAUGCAGCUGAUUGACCUCCAAAAAGCAAAUGGUUCCUGGGAUCUGAAUGAAGAUCUGACUAAGAUCCUAGGUGUGAGUUUGGAAGACCUGCUUGCUGCACACCCUGCCCAGCAUGUGGACCUCUCAGGCUGGGCCACUGUCCUGGCUGUGGUCUGGCUGCACACCCAUGGUAAAGACAAGAAGAUGGAGUGGGAGCUUCUAGAAAGGAAAGCUGUGGCCUGGAUUCACACCCAAGCAGGCUCCACUGUGCCCAUGCUUGUGAAGGCUGCAAAUACUCUCCUGAAGUCAUCUGUGGACCCUGCUGUCUUUGCUCCCUAAAGAUG